UUGAGUAAAAUACUAGCUGCUGAGCUCGUCCAUUGGGUUGAGAUUUUGUGCUUCCAAAGAAGAGCAGUAGGUAUCAUCCGUGAUGGCAGACAGAAAACACUUCUCCUUCACCUAAUAUGCUCCCUGUUGCGGGGAAAAGGGAGCCACCGGACCAGUCUCAAAAUGACCACCGGAAUCAGCCCCGUCUCCUGUCGGUUCGCAGAUUAUUUUGUGGUCUGCGGACUGGACACCGAAAGCGGGCUGGAACCAGACGAACUCUCCGCUUUAUGCCAGUAUAUAGAGGCUACUAAAUUCAGAGAUGGGGCCAGAGGAAAAUUGGCGGGGGCAAAUGAAGGUGAGAAUUUUGAGCAGAGUCCCCUACGGAGAACCUUUAAAUCCAAAGUUCUUGCACAUUACCCUGACAAUGUUGAGUGGAAUCCAUUCGACCAAGAUGCAGUUGGCAUGCUCUGCAUGCCGAAGGGUCUGGCUUUUAGAACACAAGUGGACUCUCGGGAACCACAGUUUCACUCCUUUAUCAUCACCCGAGAGGAUGGCUCCCGGACCUACGGAUUUGCUCUCACCUUCUUUGAAGAGGUGACCAGUAAGCAGAUCUGCAGCGCGAUGCAAACUCUUUACCACAUGCACAAUGCAGAGCAGUACGACAUCUUGCAUACAGCCACCUCCCCUCGCGGACCUGAGGAGCCGCCACGACUCCACCACUCCCAGCCUCGGCCCGUCCUCCACGCCGCACCUGCCAUCUCCCGUCUGCAACGUUUCAAUUCGUACGACAUCAGCCGAGACACACUCUUUGUGUCAAAGUGCAUCUGCAUGAUAACACCCAUGGCCUUUGCCCAGGCCUGCAGGAAGGUGCUGCAGCAGCUUCACCAGGCAGUUACCUCACCCCAUCCCCCACCCCUCCCGCUGGAGAGCUACAUCUACAACAUCCUCUAUGAGGUGCCCCUGCCACCUUCCGGACGAUCCCUAAAGUUCUCAGGUGUCUAUGGGCCUGUGGUGUGCCAGAGGCCGAGCACGUCAGAACUGCCACUCUUUGACUUUGCGAUUCGUGAAGUAAUCAACCUGCUGGGUGUGGAGAACGUUCUUCAGCUGUUCACCUGUGCACUGCUGGAGAUGCAGAUACUGCUCUACUCACAGCAUUACCAAAGGCUGAUGACUGUAGCGGAGAGCAUCACGGCCUUAAUGUUCCCCUUCCAGUGGCAGCAUGUGUAUGUUCCUAUUCUCCCUGCCUCUCUCCUCCACUUCCUGGAUGCACCUGUGCCGUAUCUCAUGGGCCUGCACUCCAAUGGACAGGAUGACCGCACCAAGCUAGAGUUGCCACAGGAGGCCAACUUGUGUUUUGUGGACAUCGACAACCACUUUAUAGAACUUCCAGAAGAAUUGCCGCAAUUUCCCAACAAACUGGAGUUCAUACAAGAGAUCUCCGAGGUGCUCAUGUCUUUUGGUGUCACGCCAGAAGGAACCCUCGAUUCUGACUCUGACGCAGACACCCAAGUCAAGCACAGUGGCUUGCGAUCGGUUGAUGUGGUCUCUGACAAACGCAACGGCAACCUGGCCUCGCCCCUCAACUCCUACCUGCUGAGGGAGAAUGAAACCAUUGCCAGACUGCAGGCUCUGGUGAAGAGGACAGGUGUCAGUCUGGAGAAGCUGGAGGUGAGAGAGGACGCCGGCGGAAAUAAGGAUUCACGUUUUCAUUGUGAUGAAGAGGAGCUGAAGAUGCACCAGCUCAACAUCCAGGUGCGCGAGGUGUUUGCCAACCGCUUCACUCAGAUGUUUGCCGACUACGAGGUGUUUGUGAUCCAGCCGAGUCAAGACAAGGAGUCCUGGUUCACCAAUCGAGACCAGAUGCAGAACUUUGAUAAGGCCUCCUUCCUGUCCGACCAGCCAGAGCCCUACCUGCCUUUUCUAUCUCGCUUCCUAGAGACACAGAUGUUUGCCUCCUUCAUCGACAGCAAGAUCCUCUGCCAUGAUGAUGAGGACAAGGAGCACACGCUGAGGGUGUUUGACACCCGUGUCGAUAAAGUUAGGAUGCUGAAUGUCCGCACACCCACUCUGCGCACCUCUAUGUACCAGAAAUGUACAAACAUCGAAGACUCUGAGAAGGCCAUUGAGAUGAGAGUGAUGAAGAUCGACCACACAGCCCUGCACCCCCACCUUCUGGACAUGAAGAUUGGUCAGGGACGUUACGAACAAGGCUUCUUCCCACGACUGCAGUCUGAUGUGCUCUCCUCUGGGCCCACUAGUAACAAGUGGGCCAAGAGGAGCGCUCCUGCCCAGUGGAGGAGGCGGGAUCGCCAGAAGCAGCACGCAGAGCACCUUUAUUUAGAUAAUGACCAGAGAGAGCAUGUAGAGUGUUUGUUUCCGGAGCUGCAGCUCCUGCUGUUUCUUGACUACUACUGGCACUUGCAGUCCUUCAAGCCCUGUCUAAAGUCGGUGACUGUGGAUGUGAAAUACAUCCAAGAGGCGCGGAACUUGGGCACAACCAUUAGACAGCCCAAACUGUCCAACCUGUCACCUUCCGUCAUCGCUCAAACAAACUGGAAGUUCGUUGAGGGGUUGCUAAAAGAGUGCAAGAACAAGACCAAACGCAUGCUUGUGGAGAAGAUGGGUCGGGAGGCAGUGGAGUUGGGUCAUGUGGAGGUCAGCAUUACUGGUGUGGAGGAGAACACUUUGAUUGCCAGUCUGUGUGACUUGUUGGAGAGGAUCUGGAGCCAUGGGCUACAGGUUAAACAGGGUAAAUCUGCCCUGUGGUCCCACUUGCUUCAUUACCAGGAAAGCAAAGAGAAGAAGAGUGCAACACCAGCUGGUUUAGGACCUCCAGGUUUUAUCCAUGACCCUGAAAGACGCAAAUCUGAUGGGGGUGGGUCUGCAAUGCCACCUCUUAAAGUAUCCUUGAUCCAGGACAUGAGACACAUUCAAAACAUAAGUGAGAUCAAGACUGAUGUGGGCAAGGCCAGAGCUUGGGUUCGCCUCUCCAUGGAGAAGAAGUUGCUCUCCAGACACCUGAAGCAGCUGUUGUCUGACCUCGAGCUUACAAAGAAACUGUACAAGCGAUAUGCAUUCCUGCGCUGUGAUGAUGAGAAAGAGCAGUUUCUCUACCAUCUCUUGUCCUUCAAUGCAGUAGACUACUUCUGUUUCACCAAUGUCUUCACCACCAUCAUGAUCCCAUAUCAUGUGGUAGUGGUUCCCAGUAGGAAGCUGGGUGGCUCCAUGUUUACAGCCAAUCCAUGGGUGUGUGUGUCAGGUGAACUGGCAGAGACGGGCGUUCUGCAGGUGCCGAGGAACACUCAGGAGAUUACUUUUGAGUGCCAGAACCUGGGUAAGCUGACCACAGUGCAGAUGGGCCACGACAACACAGGUCUCUAUGCUAAGUGGUUGGUGGAGUGUGUUAUGGUCCGCAAUGAAAUCACAGGGCACACAUACAAAUUUCCAUGUGGCCGGUGGCUGGGUAAGGGCGUGGAUGAUGGCAGCCUGGAGAGAAUCCUGGUAGGAGAGUUGAUGACGCCCUGCACAGAGAACGAUGAAAAGAUGUGUCGCACACCGCCGAUGCAGCAGUCUCCAGGGAUGAUGAGGAGAUUUGUUACCAUCUCGCCAAACAGCAAGCCAAAGUUAAACACAGGUCAGAUCCAGGAGGGAGUGGGAGAGGCCAUCAAUGGGAUCGUGAAGCACUUCCACAAACCGGAGAAGGAGAGAGGCAGUUUGACUCUUCUCCUUUGUGGGGAAUUUGGCCUCGUCUGGGCUCUGGAGCAGGUGUUCCAGCACGGGUUCAAAUCACCUCGCCUCUUUAAAAAUGUCUUCAUCUGGGAUUUUUUGGAAAAGGCACAAGUGUACUUUGAAAGCGCCGAGCAACAGGAGGUGAAUCCGGAUGAAAACUGGCAAAGCAGAGUGCGCCACUUCUGCCGCUUCAUGCGCGCCAUCAACAACACAUCGCGAAACAUCGGCAAGGACGGAAAGUUCCAGAUGCUCAUUUGUCUGGGUGCAAGGGACCACUUGCUGCAUCACUGGAUUGCGCUGCUGGCAGAUUGUCCAAUCACUGCUCAGAUGUAUGAGGAAGCCGCACUGAUCAAGGACCGCUCACUGGUAAACUCUCUGAUCCGAGUGCUUCAGACUCUGCAGGAGUUCAACAUCACCCUGGAGGCAUCGCUCAUCAAAGGUGUCGGCAUCUAAACCAAACCAUCUCCACGGAUGAGCACAGCCGUAACAAUUAAGUAAACCUUUUAUAUGCAGGAACAGACUCUUAAAAGACAACAUAUUUUGGCUUAUGUUAAAGAUGCUGUUACAUUUGCCAUAUACUGUAUUAAGUGCAAUGAGCCUUUUCAAAUCUGUUGUUUUUAUCCUCAAUGAUGUGGUCAUGUUUCAAACAUGUUUUCUAUUCUGAACCAUGUUUUUCCACAUGAUUGACAAUGACCUUCUUGUGCUAUAAUGUUUUAUCAAAAGCUUAAUAUUUUGAUUGUUAGAGUGAACGUCAGACUAUGGCUAUAUUUAAGGGAAUGAGGGGGUUCAGAACUGUUAAUAUAUUUUAUCAGAGAAAAACAGUGUUAUUUUGUAAAAUCUGUCAAGUUGCUUGCUCUGUUGUCAACUCAGAUUCCAAAGUCAUAAUGCAGAGCUUAAAGCAAAUGUAGAGGUAUGCUUUAUAAGUAUGUAUAUGACUGGGUGGGAGAGUUGAACUGUGGAAUCUACAAAGGAAUUCAAAGGCUGUUUACAUUACAACCUUUUCUUAGGAAAUGUAUGCAGAUAUUUUAUGUGAAAGACCUUUGUACCUUCAGUGCAGAAAAGGGUCCUUCUUGCAUGAUAAUGACACUGUAUCCCAGGAUGGAAAAUAUCUUAGAUGGGAUCAAAAAAAUCUCCCCCUGGUGAGUUAUUGGUUUGUGCUGCAAUUCCUCAAGAGAUGUGUGAUCCAGCUUUCUGUGCAAAUAUGUUCAGAACAACAGCCUUGAUGUAAAUACAUCCAGUCAGCCCUUCCUCAACCGUCAUCCAAGCCUUUUUGCUACUCCUGUCAGUGUGGGACAUGACUCCUCAUGAUAAAGGAAGCUUGUCUGCUGUAGUAAUCCAAAAUGACUGCUUUUAUUGGCCCCCACCUCAUUUUGUUGUAACUGUUUUUUGCUAUGCAAUUUCCUCAGCAGAAAUUGUCCCCCCCUCCCCGCCCUGCAAAGCCUUCAUCAAGGUCACUUGAGGCCAUAUCUCUCGCAAUGAGCUUGACUGCACGGAGGAAGAGAUUUGAUAAUUGAAGGACUUCGUUAUCUGUGCCAACGGUGUCUGGAAUGAACUCUUUCUGUGUGUGACUCGUACAUGAGCAGCUUGCAAGAUAUAUAUUUUUGUUUUCCAAAACUGUACAUUUAUUGAAAUAGCUGUGUAAUGUAGUGUUUACUAAGUAAGAGAGACCUUGUACAGUGUAAAAAUAUGUCAAGAAUAAAACAUCUGUAAUGCA